AUGGCCAAGUCGUUGAGAUCUAAGCCUAAGUUGCGGGCCAAGUCUGUCAAGAGAAAUGGUGAGUUUGCAAAGCUUAACGAGGCACGGAAUGCCCGUCUUGCCGAAAAGUUGAAGGCCAAUUUGGACAAACAAAAGGAAGAUAAGAUGGAAGACGAAGACAAAGACAAAGAGAAGGUGGAGAAAAAGAAGAUCAGCACUUCGGGACCAAGAACCCGGAAUGGAAGAAUUUCCAAGAAAAAGAACAAGAAGAACACAACCAACUAA